AUGUAUGCUGUGACUGGUUGUGAUGAGGAUGACUGUUACCGGUGUUUCCCGCCCGACCCGGGCAUUGGUACUGCCGCGUCAGGUACUAGUGAGGCUGCUGCUCUAGGUGCCAGUACGUCUGUGCUCUCAGGUGCUGGUGAGUCCGCCCUCUCAGGUACUGUGUCGGCUUCGGCCUCUCACACCUUCACCCUUGACUCUGGAGCGUCUCGCUCCUUCUUUAGGGACCGCACCACUCUCACGCCGCUGAGUCGACCGGUUGCGGUGUCCCUGGCUGACCCCUCUGGGGGACCUGUCCUGUCUCGCUUCUCCACUGUCCUCCCGUGUCCGGCGGCCCCCUCUGGCACCCUGACUGGUCUCUACCUCCCCUCGUUCUCGACGAACUUGGUGAGUGGUGCUGACCUCCAGGAUGCAGGUGUCCACCAGUUCACCCCUGCUCGUCAGCGGGUGACCCACUGUACGGAGGCGGAUACAGGUCGUCACCUGGCUACGUUUACACGUCGGCCAGGGUCGAGCCUGUACACACUGACCACUGCUUCUCCUCCAGGUACUGCGUCUGGUAGGGUCCCCUCGUCUGGUCAGGUGUUUGCUGCAGCGUCCAGGUCUGGUCCUGAGUCUGCCCCCUGUUCGUGUCGUCGUCUGUCUCACGAGACCCUCCUCUGGCACCACCGCCUUGGCCACCCCUCUCUGCUUCGGCUCAGAGGCAUGGCCUCGCGGGGGCGCCAGCGUGCUGCCCCUCACUCCUCCCAGUUUCCUCCGACAGAGGCCCCGUUGCAGACGCUUCACAUGGACGUGUGGGGCCCAGCCCGCGUCCGUGGACAGGGUCAGGAGCGCUACUUCCUGCUGGUGGUUGACGACUACUCGCGUUACACCACAGUCUUCCCUUUGCGCAGCAAGGGUGAGGUCACUGCGGUGUUGAUCGACUGGAUCCGCGCAGCUCGUCUCCAGCUUCGGAGGAGCUUUGGCUCUGACUUCCCUGUUUUGCGUCUGCACUCGGACAGAGGCGGAGAGUUCUCCUCUGGCCUCCUGAGUGCCUACUGUCGUGCGCGAGGCAUCCGUCAGACCUUCACGCUUCCGGACUCACCACAGCAGAAUGGGAUUGCUGAGCGCCGCAUUGGCAUGGUCAUGGACGUCGCUCGUACGUCCAUGAUGCAUGCGGCUGCUCCCCAUUUUCUGUGGCCGUUUGCGGUCAGGUACGCUGCGCACCAGAUCAACCUCCACCCCAGGGUCUCUCGACCGGAGACCUCCCCAGCCCUGCUGUGGACGGGGAAGGUUGGCGAUGCGUCGGCGUUCCGGGUCUGGGGAUCUCGGGCGUUUGUUCGCGACCUGACUGCGGACAAGCUGUCCCCUCGUGCUUCUCCCUGCGUCUUCCUGGGGUUCCCCCCCGACGCCCCUGGGUGGCAGUUUUACCACCCCACCUCUCGACGUGUUCUGUCCUCCCAGGACGUCACGUUCGACGAGUCGGUACCCUACUACCGCCUCUUCCCCUACCGCACUCCGUCCCUCCCCCCUCCCCCGCUCUUCUUGGUACCAGGUCCCCCCCCGGUAGUCCCCCUCCCCCCUCAGGGUCCUGCCCCUUCAGGUGUGUCCCAGGUAGACGCGGUCGAGCCUGUCGAGGUCACUGGUGACUCUGGUGCUGCUGCGGGAGCUGAGCCUGGAGGUGCGGAGUCUGGGGGUGCUGAGCCUGGGGGUGCUGUGCCUGGGGGUGCUGAGUCUGGGGGUGCUGAGCCUGGGGGUGCUGUGCCUGGGGGUGCUGAGCCUGGGGGUGCUGAGCCUGGGGGUGCUGAGCCUAGGGGUGCUGAGCCUGGGGGUGCUGAGCCUGGGGGUGCUGAGCCUGGGGGUGCUGAGCCUGGGGGUACUGUGCCUGGGGGUGCUUCGUCUCGCCGGGAGCCACUCUCCCCACAGGAGCUGCGUGAGUGGUUUACCAGGCGCUGGAGGCGUGCUGCUGGUGCUGGUGGUUCUUCGCCUGCAGUAGGUACUGCUGCCGCGCGUCCCGACGGUGCUCGUACUGUGGGUGCUGGAGCUGCUCGGUCUGAGGGUUCUCCUGGAGCUGGUGCUGCUGAGGGUGUUGGCGCUGAGCCUGCCGCUGGUGGUCCGACUGACAGUGCUCCUGGUGCUGCUACUGGGGGUUCUGGAGCUUCUGGAGGUGCUGCUGGAGGUGCUGCUGGCGUGGGUGCUCCUGACGGGGGGGCUGGUGCUGUUCCUGCUGUUCCUGGUGUCGCCGUGCGGCCCCGACCGUACUUCGUUCCGCUCCUGCAGCAGGUUCUUAGUCUUGCACCUCCUCCUGCUCCCUUAGAGGGUCCACAGCCUGUUCGGUCACAGCCACAGCUACAGCCUGCCUCCCCUUUGCCUGCUCCUUCUCCCUACGCUGGUCCGACUGGAGGUCUUACUGAGCGUCGUGAGCCUGCGUCUCGUCCUGCGUCGCCUGUUCGUACUGAGCGCGCUAGUGGUCGCGGGUCGCGUCAGCGUCCUCCUCCUGUCCCUGGCACGCACCGGAUGUCACUGCGUCCGUCCACUGCUCCUCUGCGUGCCCCUUUGCCUUCUCCUCCUCCUUCCUCUCUUCCUGCUCUUGCCGACCCGGAGUCGGACUCUCUUCGUGCUGCCAGUCCUACUGUCACGCGUCUCCUUGCUACUGCUGUCACUGACCCUUCCUUCGAGUCGUCUGCUGCGUCUGCCCUUGUCACUGAGCUUGUCGACUUUGCUGCGCGCUGUCGUCUAGACUACGCUGCUCGUCUUGUCGCUGAGUCUGAGUCCGUCUGUCCUCCGUCCGUCGGGGGUGAGUGUGCCCUUGGCACGGACGUCCUAGAGGACAGGCAGGAGGAGUUACAGUGUCUAGCGGCUGCUUCACCUCAUCUCGCGUCUGUACUGCUUGCCCCUGAGGGAGACCCGGAUGCACUAGACAUCCCGACUCCGCGUUCUUACGCGGAGGCCGUAGAGGGUCCCUACUCCUCUCAGUGGCAGGCAGCUAUGGAUGCAGAGAUGGCUUCCUGGAAGUCCACAGGCACCUACGUUGACGCGGUUCCCCCUCCUGGGGCGAACAUCGUCAGUGGCAUGUGGAUCUUCAGGGUGAAGCGGCCGCCGGGCUCCCCGCCUGUCUUCAAGGCGCGUUACGUGGCUCGUGGCUUCAGUCAGCGGCAGGGAGUUGACUACUUUCAGACCUUCUCUCCCACCCCGAAGAUGACCACUCUUCGGGUGCUGCUGCACAUUGCCGCUCAGCGCGACUACGAGCUUCACUCUCUCGACUUCAGCACUGCGUUCCUGCAGGGUAGCCUGCACGAGGAGAUCUGGCUGCGCCGUCCGCCUGGCUUCACUGGGACUUUCCCUCCUGGCACCCAGUGGAGCCUCCGACGGCCAGUCUACGGUCUCCGCCAGGCACCGCGUGAGUGGCACGACACACUGAGGACUACGCUUGCGGCUCUUGGGUUUGCUCCUUCUACUGCUGACCCGUCGCUGUUUCUUCGCACCGACACUUCCCUGCCGCCGUUCUACAUCCUCGUGUACGUCGACGACUUGGUCUUUGCCACAGCGGACACUGCUGGACUCGCCUACGUGAAGUCCGAGCUGCUGAAGAGACACACGUGCACAGACCUGGGUGAACUGCGCAGCUACCUUGGCUUGCAGAUCACUCGGGACAGAGCACGUCGCACCAUUACCCUGACUCAGUCACACAUGGUGCAGCAGGUCCUUCAGCGCUUCGGCUUCACGUACUCCUCGCCUCAGGCCACUCCUCUGCCUACUCGCCACUCACUCUCAGCUCUGCCUUCGGAUGAGUCCGUAGAGUCGAGUGGUCCGUAUGCAGAGCUUGUUGGCUGCCUCAUGUACCUGAUGACCUGCACACGACCUGACCUUGCAUACCCUCUGAGCAUUCUUGCACGCUAUGUUGCUCCUGGGAGACACAGACCGGAGCACAUGGCUGCAGCGAAGAGGGUAUUGCGCUACCUGUGCAGUACGUCGGGCAUGGGGCUAGUGCUUGGAGGGCGGAGUCCAGUGGUCCUUACCGGCCACGCGGACGCUUCUUGGGCUGACGACCAGGCUACGCAGCGGUCGUCACAGGGUUACACCUUCAGCCUUGGUUCCGGUUCUGUCUCGUGGCGGUCUACUCGCUCGUCUUCAGUUCUCGGCUCCAGUUGUGAGGCUGAGAUCUACGCCGGGGCCAUGGCUGCACAAGAGCUUCGCUGGCUCACCUACCUGCUGACCGACCUUGGAGAGCCGCCUCGUUCUCCUCCAGUGCUGUACGUAGACAACAAGGCCAUGCUGGCCUUGUGUCGAGAGCAGCGCUUGGAGCACAGAACGAAGCACAUUGCUCUCCGCUACUUCCUUGCUCGUGAGCUGCAGCAGCGUGGUCAGUUGCGACUUGCUUACGUGGCCUCUGAGGCCAACACUGCUGAUGUGUUCACCAAGGCACUUGCGCCUUGUGACCAUCAGCGCUUUUGUACCCAGCUGGGUCUUGUACCUGUCUUGCCUCACUUGCUCUCUUCUUGA